CGGCUAGUUCGAGUCGAGUUCGCUCGAGUCCGGGCUCGAGCAGUUGUCAGUCGCGCGGCGGUGGAGACGCACAUUAGUGUUCGUGUUUUAUAUAUUGAAGCUACACGCAGCCAACAUGGCCAGCAAUAAAAUAUGGCAAAAGAUGCAAGAAGAUGGGUACGUCGUCUUAGAAGAAUUCCUGACUCCAUCAGAAUGUGAUGAAAUGGUGGCAGCUGGGACAGAAUUCACAAAGAACUUACCUCCUAAAGAACAAAGGAUAAUAUUCUCUACUGUCAACUCUGAAAAGCAGCAACUACAAGACGAAUAUUUCCUGAAUAGCAAUGAUAACAUUAGUUAUUUCUUCGAAGAAUCUGCUGUGGGGCCCGAUGGAGAGCUGACUGUAGACCCCAGUAUAUCAUUAAACAAAGUCGGUCACGCAUUGCAUUACCAGCACCCGAUCUUCAGAUGCUACACUUACUGUGAUCGCGUGAAGGAAGUUGCCAAAGCUCUGGGCUUCAAGGAACCGGCGGUGGUGCAGUCCAUGUAUAUCUACAAGAACCCUGGUAUUGGGGGUGAAGUAACUGCACACCAAGACAUCACGUACCUGCACACCUCUCCGGUACCACCAAUCGGUUUCUGGAUAGCCCUGGAAGACGCCACGGUACAAAAUGGCUGUCUCUGGAUGGUUCCAGGGUCCCACAAGUCCGGGGUGCAUAGAAGACUUACAAGAAACCCAGAUAAAGACAGUAAAGAUAAAUUGAUAUACGACAAUCCAGCUCCAUUCUACCCUCAGUCUAGUUUUACUUCAGUUCCAGUUAGCAAAGGUACCUGUAUAGUCAUCCACGGUAACGUGGUACACAGGAGCGCACACAACCACUCCGGCAGCGGACGGCCGGCGUACACGUUCCACAUCAUAGAGAAGCAAGACAACCAGUACUCCGCGGACAACUGGCUGCAGGAGGGGGCGCGGGCGCCCUUCACCAACCUCUACACCACCUCGCAGCUCAUGUAGACUAUUGUACACGAAUCCGGGUCGCGACCUCAAUCUAAGGCUAUGUCCCAAAAUAACGUUUAAUGAAAAUUUACAUUAUUUUUUGACAGAUUUUAGUUAUUAUGUAAUUUUAAAUGAUUUAAUUAGGAUUUUAAUAUUAAUUACGCAACCGUUUGUUGCGACACAGAACUUUACUAUUUUUUUUUAUCGACAUUUUUAAAAUCAAUGUUUAAGUAUGCUGAAUUUUGUGCAUGUUUUUACAGUGUUAAGAAAACAACAUUCACAAAAUAAGGUUUUAAUGGAGUUACCAAUUUAAUUAUGCC